AGAGAAAUGAACUAAGGGAGUUGCAGGAGAUCGAGAAUAAGGCAAUUCUGGUGGCAUUUUGUUUUUGAGUUUUCUUCCUAGCUCUUUGCUUUCAGUGCCACCACAGACACCAUCAUCACAUCCUCCUUAAAAGAUUAAUGAUCCACAACUUCAACAAGAAAUGUAGGUAACUCUGGCUUGGUCUUCUCUUUUGUAGCUUCCUCUGUUGCUUCCUCCAUUUCUUCUGUUUUUUCCUUCUUCCUAUUGGUCUUCUCAAGCCCAGAUAGUAUCCAAAACUCAUUUUUCUCUCUUCUACCUUUGGCACAGAUUUGUUUUCAUUUCCUAUAUCUUUCACCUCAGUCCCACUUCUACAGAAAAGAGUGAUUUUUGUGUCUUUCUGCAAUAUACUUUUUGUACAUAAGAUACCUCUCUUUUUUCUCCCAAUAUUUUGUCUUCUUAGUUCUACCAAAAAGUUUUAAUCUUUGUUCAUCAGAACUCAAAAACAAAUUUCCAUAUCCUAUGAGAAGCAGAGAGAAGUGAUACUAUGGGUAGGAACACUGAGGAAGAGAUUGCUACAGUUGCAGGAUCUGAGGCCAUGAUGGAAGGUCAAUGCAAAAAAUCUCUGUUUGCUUCUAUUCACAAACCAGCAAUAGGAGAUGGUAGACCAAGAAGUAUGGUUGUUAAGAAAGCACAUACAGUGAUUCCUGCUCACAUUAUAGCCGAGGCAAUAUCAACACUCCAUGAUGAUGGUCUUGGCCUUAGAUGGUCCGGCCCCAUUACACCAACAGAAAUGGAAUAUGUUGAGCAAUAUGUCUUGGCAAAGUAUCCACAAUAUGCUGGCCUUGUAGAAGGACAAAAAUUCGAUCUCUAUAGUAUUUGCAUCAAUGACGAGUCUACCGAGCCCACAUCUGAUGAUAAGCGGAAAUCUCCAGGGGCAAGUUCUAGAGAGCCUUCCUCACCCUCUUUUGGAAGCAACCUUCCUGAACUAGAUAGGACACAGUUGGAACCAUCUAGAUUGCUGGAUAUCCUCACAACAAAGUCUUCCUUUCCUGGGAGUUUCAUUUCGAUCCCUGAAAUACAAGCCAGAAAUAAGGUGUUGAAGCACUGUGGAUUGCCUGAUAAUGAGUACCUUGUUCUCUUCACUCCAAAUUAUAUUGAUGCCAUGAAGUUAGUUGGAGAGAGCUAUCCAUUCUUCAAGGGAAACACCUACAUGACAAUCAUUGGAGAAGAAGAAGAUUGCAUCAGGGAAUUUGCUAGUUUUAAGGAAUCUAGAGUGGUUCCAGCACCAGAGACUUGGUUGGAUUUGAGGAUCAAAGGCUCACAGCUUAGCCAGUAUUUCAGGAAGAAAAGCAAGUAUAAGCAGAAGGGUUUGUUCUCUUACCCGGCUGUGGUAAAUGGGACUCAUCAUUCUCUGCAUUGGGUUUCAGAAGCACAUCGGAACUCAUGGCAUGUUCUUCUUGAUGCAACUGCACUUAUCAUAGGGAAGGAUCACUUGAAUCUUGUUCUUCACAGGCCUGACUUUGUGUUGUGUAGUCUUGACAAUGCUCAUGCUACUCCUUCAAGGAUAACUUGUCUCUUGGUCAGGAAGAAAUCCUUUGAUACAACAACAACAGCUGCAUCUCAGGUCAAUGAGUGAGUGAGUAUUUUGUAUGUUCAAUGUAGAAUAUGUUUCAAACUGCUAUGAAUGAUAUUCCAUUCUCAUUA